ACGUCCGCUGCCAUGGUGACCCUGCUACUUCGCUCCCUGCGUCUGCACCGCAAUUGCCCGCGCGGUCUGCGGCUAGCUGUAGAUGUACCCCUCAGGACCGGGAGCCAUGGCACCCGCCCGUUGUAUCCGGACCAUAUCCCCACCACCUCGCUGCAAAAGAUACUACUGGCCGCAGGCUCGGCGGGAAUGGCGCUCUACAACCCCUAUCGCCACGACAUGGUUGCAGUUCUAGGGGAGACCACAGGAUGCCACACCCUGAAAUUCCUCAGGGACCAGAUGAAGAAGGAUCCAGAGGGUUCCCAGAUCCUACAAGAGCGUCCCCGGAUCUCACUGUCCACCCUUGACCUAAGCAAGCUCCGGAGCCUGCCUGAAGGCUCUCUGGGCCGUGCGUAUCUCCGCUUCCUGGAUGUGAAUAGGGUCUCCCCAGAUACACGAGCACCUACCCGUUUUGUGGACGAUGAGGAACUAGCCUAUGUGAUCCAGAGAUACCGAGAGGUGCACGACAUGCUCCACACGCUGCUGGGGAUGCCCACCAAUAUGCUGGGAGAGGUUGUGGUGAAGUGGUUUGAAGCUGUGCAGACCGGCCUGCCCAUGUGCAUCCUGGGAGCACUCUUUGGACCCAUCCGCCUCCGUGCUCAGAACCUUCCAGUGCUGUUCUCUGAGCUGAUCCCUUGGGCAAUCCAGAACGGGCGCCGGGCCCCAUGUGUCCUCAACCUCUACUACGAGCGGCGGUGGGAGCAGCCCCUGACAGCCCUGCGGGAAGAGCUGUGCAUCAGUCCUCCCCCGACACAUAUCCAGGGCCAGGCCUAGCCUGCACUGCUGCACCUGGAGGGCCAAGCCUGCCUUUCCACACACUGCCUUCCUUGGGACAAAGGAGCCCUUCUCUUUGAACCUUGAAUACAGCGUGUUAUUGAUCUCAAUUUUUAUAGUCACUGCUGUCAUGUGCCUUGAGGCCAGCCCAGGAGAGAGCAGGCACGGCCGUGAGGGGUCUGUGAGCUAUCCAAAGAGAGCAGUGUGUGUGCCUGGAACAGCCAUCUUGGAUCAUCGUGGAUUGUUCAGCCCCUCUUCUUUUUUUUUUUUUUUUUUUUGGUUUUUCGAGACAGGGUUUCUCUGUGGUUUUGGAGCCUGUCCUGGAACUAGCUCUUGUAGACCAGGCUGGUCUCGAACUCACAGAGAUCCGCCUGCCUCUGCCUCCCAAGUGCUGGGAUUUAAGGCGUGCGCCACCACAGCCCGGCCCAUCAGCCCCUCUUCUGGACAGUUACCCUGACAGGGCUUGACCACUGACUACACCCUGUUCCAAAGCCCUGGAAGGAAUGGUGAAGAAGUGGGUGGCAUCUCUGCUCUCUGAAUAAAGGUUCCCAUCAGACCUAGAGUGCUGGUCUCCCUUGGUCUUAGGCCUGAGGUGCUGGUUGUGGGGAUUCCUUCCCAAGUUGCUGUCAUUGGGUCUGAAGUCAGGCAGUCUAGGAAUCAAGUCCCC